GUUGCAAUUACUCCAAAUUUUUUUAUUUCACACACAGGUCGUGGUCCAGCUUUCCAGACUUGAUGCAACAGCACGACUUGGUUGGUUCUUCUGCAUACGCAUACUGUAAAUUUAAGCAGGAGCUGGAUUUUCGCACUUUUUAUCAACGCCAGCUAGUACGACUAGUAGAUCUUGAGCAUAAACAAUUUUGCUGCAUUUCUUUCUGUUCUUUUUUGCUGCGUCGGAGAACAAGUCCGAGUGUAAUCACAAAACGUUAAAGAUGACAUGCCGCAUCAUGAUGGAGGCGAAGAUAAAAAGUUGACUCGGCCAGUACAUGUAGAGCAUCGAUGAACUCGUGCCCCGAGGACAUCUUCUCGCGAACAACCGCCCCUUCUUGCUACACGAAAAAGCAAUGACUGCUCGGGUCGGUGCAAAAGUCCGGAAUGGGUACGCGGACUCGGUACGACGCAAGGAUGCGCCUGCAGCGUGGCGCUGCUUUCCCGCAGGCCCCAUUGUGGGUUUCAUUGCCGUGUUUUGCGGCGUGGUCGGCGUCGUCUGGCUCAUGGGCACGUUCAAACUGCUGACAAGUCUCGAGUUUUGCCAGCGAGGCCGCGGUAGUGCCCUCUUUGACAUGAUGUGCCGUCUCGGGAAAUCGUGGUGGAUGCAAACGAUUGCGUACCUGCUGCUGGACGUCAUGCGGGUAGAAAUACGCUGCUAUAACACGGAAGCUUUGAAGUGGAUCCCGGACGACUGGAAUUUGCUCGUGUUCUCGAACCACCCCUCCGAGCUGGAUUGGUGCUUCCUCUGGCCCCUUCUCGCGGCUUUUGACAGACGUACUGCGCUUUACUAUUACUGUUUUCUUUGGAAUUGGAUACAAAGCUUCUUUACAACGCACGUGCAUGCUGCUUUAUGCAUCUCGUCCCUUCAUCUUUACUUAUGCUUAUGCCUCGCUGUCUCGUUUUCUUUUCUUCGAUUACUUUUCGCUCUGUAAGUUGGUAGGAGGGUCCUCACGGCCGUUUUGUGAUUUGUUUUUCCGGCACUUUCAUGACGAUGCCCAGUACUAGUUCGUUGCAGUUCAGAUAUCCAAAGUGAUGUAUGGAAAAAAAUUUCCAGUGCGAAGUUUGAAGAUAAUCCUGAAAGACAUUUCCCGGGUGCCAAUUUUUGGCUGGGCCUGCUACUACUUCCGCUUCGUCUUUCUUUGCCGCAACGAUCGGGCCGCCGACAUGCGAACCAUAGCUCGAAGUAAAUCUGAUAUACAUUUUUUACGAGUGUAUUGUCUUCUCGUGGCAUAUGAAUAGACGUCCACCUCUACUCGAAUUAGAAUUUGCUGUUUCGAUGAAAACCGAAAUCGUGCCCAUUUUUUUCCCAACUCUAUCACACGCAAAAGUGCUGUAUGGAUCUAUAACUAAGUUCACCUCCCUCAGCGCUGAUUUAUUUCUAUUGCAGCAAGAUGCUUUCCUUCGUGAUCGUGUCCGCCUCCGACGAAAAUAGAAAAAAACACCGUAUACCAGAUUUGAAGAAGGAGGACCGAGUGGGGCUACCGUCGACGCUGCUGAUCUUUCCCGAGGGGACCGACCUGGAGACCGGGCUGGAGAAGUCGCAGGAGUUUGCGCGAAAGAACGACAAGCCGGUCUGGUGGAACGUGCUGACCCCGCGGGUUACCGGUUUCAAGGAGUGCGUGUCCAUUUUGCGCAAACUCCCCCGGGACUUCGUGGUCCUCGACGUGACCAUGGCCUACGAGGGGUACCGCGACUACCUCACGCCGGGGCACACGUUCGUAUCAACUGUAAAAAUGUCUGGGUCUGGAAGAUUUUGAGAUUUGUCAUGCUUGUCUGGCAUGACCAAAAGGUUUGUGAUGCGUGUCCAAGAAGAGACCCUUUUGCCUGUCAUGCAAAAACGCAGUUUGUCAUGCGAAAAACGCAACACAAAGAAGCGCAGGCAUUUGUUAUGCUUUGCUGUGCAUUACAGAGCAUUCCCUAUUCCAAACGCAGCAUUACAAGUUUCCAGACCCAGACAUUUUUACAUUUGAUAGUUCGGGCCCGCCAACGAUUGCCCGACCUUGCUCCACAUCGACGUGCAGCGGUUGGACGUCACCGCGGCGGCCGAUAUGCAUUGCAAAAGUAUGAGUAUCGUACUCGUAUGAAUGCAUUACAAAUUUCCUCAGCAUGAGAAAUGAAAUUUGUAAUGCUGAUUCACCUCAAGAAAAAGAUUUGCAAUGCAUGAUUGCAUGACGAGUACGAUACUUUUGCCCAGGAUAGCCGACCUGGAGGCGCAAACCGGGCCGUACGGCGACAACAAGUACCUGAACGUCGCGGUGAAGAGAGAUUGGGUGAAAAAAGUGAAGAUGUCAUCGUGUACAUCGUCAACACCAUCUUCAACUAGUACUUCUCUGCAGCAACCGCCCAGCACACACGGCAACAAACUUGAACAGCAGCUAAAGGGUGGAUCACAAAAUAAGCCUGCAGUUGCAGCGUCUGGCGUUGCGCCAAGUUCCACCGCAUCGUGUGCACCAGCUCCAGCUUCUGCAAAAGCGCCAGAACAACGUCAUGAGUCGUGCUCUGCUGCACCAAGCGGGGCAAGAAGAAGAAGUCUCUCUGGUUGUCGUAAAAAUACCUCAAUAAGCGCGUCAGGACGAAAGAAAAGCAAAAAUGAGAUCUUGUCGGCCGAUCACGUGCAAAACGUAGUCGUGUCUUCUUGCUCAUCACCGCAACAAUCGACCACGACUGACGCUCCUGCUUUAGCUGAGGAAGGUAGUGCUAAAUCUCUGUCUGCCUCCGGAACCACUGUUGGCGGCGGGAGUUCUUGCAGUAGUUCUUCUUCCACUUCUAGGAGUCCCGCCGCUCCCUCGUCGCCCGAGGUCGAAGAGCGGUCCCCGCUAGUUGUAGAAGGCGGGCCUGCAGUAGACCACGGCAGUAAGAACAACAACUCGUCGUCGCACAACUGCUCCGACUCCGGGCCGUUCCCGCGGGAUCCGGACUAUACUAACGGUGCGAACCACGGAGAGGACGACGACCAUGAAAAGCGCAGCGACGUUAUUACAAUGAAAAAUGCCCCCACCCCCAAAGUUGCAAUAAUUUGUGAUGCAAAGUUUCCAAAUGAAAACUUUUUGUCAUGCAUGAAAGGACUACGAAUCUUUCUGAUGCAGAGUCUAGGCGUAAUUUGCAUUGCGUGCAUGACAGGCGCCGCUCUUGCUGGGAUCCUGCGCAAUACAAUUUUUUUCUAUUCACGAUCGGAAAUCUGUGAUGCUGAUAAAUGCACGAGGGCGAAUGUUUCAUUUGCAAAGGUUUGCAAUACAAAUGCUCCCAAGUUCGAGGGUGGGGGCAUUUUUCAUUUUGAUAGACGUCGAGGAGGCGUUUGGCGGCACGGACCACUUGAACAGCAGCUGGCGUCUUGUGCCCAUCAAGAAAAUAUCAAAUGCAAAAAUGUCUGGGUCUGGAAGAGUCAGGACUUGUCAUGCACAUUUUAUAUGACCCGUGAGGUCUGUGAUGCAGGUGCUAGCAUCACAGAUUUUUUGAGAGCUUCUUGAUGCUAAUCACGCAUGAGAAAUGCCCUCUCCGCGUGCCACGAACUAACUCCUCUUGCUGCUCAUGUAACACAGAUAUUUUCAGAAUCCGCAGACAGCAUUACAAGUUGCAUUCUUGCAGACCCAGACAUUUUUACAUUUGAUAGAAAACCGUUUCCACCGAAAGCGAGAAAUUCGAGCGCCUCUACGUGAAACGGCGCCUCGUAUCCUGUGCAAAAGUCUCGUACUCGUAGUAAUUGCAGUCAUGCAUGACAAAUCUUUUCCCUGAGGUAGAACAGCAUUACAAAUCGCAUUUGUCAUGCUGAGCAAAUUUGUAAUGCAUUUUGUACUAGUACGAUGCUUUUGCAAUUCAUACCUCGACCACUGCACCAAAAUGAUGGAGAAGUACCACCGAAUUACCCAAAGCCCGGCGAAACCGCUCUCACGCCCUCUGUCGCGACCAGGCAGCCCGGCGGGAGUUGUAAAUGCCUCCAGCCCCGCGGCCCGACGGUCCUCUCCAACUGGUGGGAAAAGCCCUGCAAAUAAAACCAGGCUGCCCAUCCCCAUUUCCCCUGUGCGGCGCGGACCUUUUAUUGAUCAUCGGGGCGGGUACCUACGACCACUCAAUUCAUCACAAGCGACCUCUGCGUCUGCCAGCAGUCGUGGUUCUUUUCUGCCGUGGCUGAAAAGUAGAGCCAGCAAGCGAAAGGAGGACCCUGUGAAAAAGAUAAGCGUUCCCGAUCUGGCGGGCGAGCAUUUCGUGGAGGCCUGCCUGAUGGCUUCCUUCGAGCGCAAGGAGGACAUGCUCAACGGACAUGCGAACGGCGGCUUCAAAAUCAGAGCUGCCCCGGAACUACGCGGCGCCAUGAUCAAGACAUCGGACGAAAUCAUGGCUUCAGCAGCGCCAGUGGUGGUAUCUUCCUCGUCGUCGCACCACCAAGAAGAGGACCGCGCCAGAACAACUACCAACCUACUUCCCGCAGAAACUAUGGGAAAAAACUCACAGAGGACGGAUCAUGAUAUACAACCGAGACACGACCGGGAAAGUGCGGCAGCGAUGCUUGAAGUCGAGGCCGCCAACUCAAGAACAGCCACCACGCGCACAGAUGCUGGCGCGGAGGAGGUCGUGACCAGCGACACAGAGGAUGAGGACGAGCAGGAUGGCGUCAGCACUGGCCUUUUGCAGCGCCGCCGGAGAGCUGCCAUGAAACGCGCGACAGGUCCCGCUGGGGCAUUCUUGCCGGAAAGACGAAAGAGCGAACAGCUUCUCCCCCGACCGCCCUGCUCCUUUUUACGCCGACUGCGACUCUAUCUCGGGUGGAUCGUGUUUUUCCUAGUGGUGCUUGAGCUGUGGUUCUCCUUCGCUUACGGCAUGUUGAUCCUCACUACCUGCGCGCUGGUAAGCUUGGCCAAAGGCUAUGACCUGUGGUUCGAUCGCUGCCUUCUGCUGGUCUGCGUCCUCAGUCUCUACGUACUUGCUCUCCAGUACUACACCCAUCAUUGGAGUUUCGACGACCGCGCUGGGCCUUGCUUGCGUUUACUCCUCUUGGGCCGGCGCAGCUGA